CGGAAGGCAUGAGCCGGUAUAUGUCAAACUUGCAAUGCAAGGGCAUUUUCCUUUUAUAUUGUUCUUUGCAAACAAGCAGAUAUUUAAAUAUUUAUUAACUAUUGAUAUACAGGUAUGAAUGAAUAGAUUUUUCCCCAUAGGUAUUCUUGUUAAUUUUUCACUGGUAUGACGCAAUUGUCCCGUAUGCUUAGAUACGGUCACCAUACAUAUUUCAUUUCAGCAUUGGUUAACUAAAAGCUAACGUAACAUUAGUUUAAAACUAUGGCUUUGCUUGCUGGAUUUGUAAUUAUUAACUUUGUUUUACUCGGAACUGUUUAUUCAAGCACGUGUAAACCAUUUCAAAUAAACAAGGACAAUCUUAAUAAAGCAUUGAUCGGUCAUUCCGUGCGUGAAAUUAAUGAUAUAAAUCAUCAAGAGUGCGCACGGACAUGUAUGUCAAUGUCUGUAUGUAAAUCUAUUGACUUUGAUAGGCAGGAGGACAUAUGUAAAUUGAAUGACGCCGACCGAUCGUCUGUCGAUCCAUCGGAGUUUGAGACCAAAGUUGGCUCUAUUUUCUCUGAUAUCAGCGAAUGGCCUAGCGCAAUGGUUGGAAGUUGUAGUUCAAGGCCGUGUAAAGCAAACCAAAGAUGUUAUCAGAAAGGUGCCUCACAUGUCUGCAAAUUCCCAUGGACAUGUAAAGAUGUCAAACUGUGUAGCUCCUUCUACACUGAUGGUGAAUACUGGCUAUAUUCGGAAGUUCUCGGAGGUCAUAUGGUCAAAAUAUACUGUGCUGGAAUGUCCACAGAAGAACCACUGGAGUACAUUUCAGUAAAUGAAAAAGACAAUUAUGGAUUCAAUGCUGGGAAAUCACAUAUCGAAGCAGGUUUCACGAGAUACAGGAAAAUACGUGUCAAUAUCAUGGAUGGGAAAAUUGUACGUAAUGACACCAUAUUCAGUACAAGUACUCCAGAAGAUAACUCUGAACUUCUCCAGCUACCGUAUGGAACUGGCCAUGGUUGUCGUUGUUGGAAUUGUGCGAAUGGAAAUUUCAGUAUCUCCUUGCAAGGUACAGGGCUGAAAUUUAGGAAAGAGGUUAAAUGGAUUAUAAAGGGAUAUAAACAAAGAAUGAAAAGUUUUCAAAGAAACAUCGACAGCAAUGUGAUAUCUGCAAAAUGUGGAGGCCACUGUGGUCGGUGCGAUCCUGACGGAAAUUUGUAUAUCGCUUACAACCAGAAUGAUGUGGUAGCAGACGAGAGUACCACGAGUCCAAAGUGUGAUUGA